GUUGAGCAGAAAAAUAACACAUAAAUCAUACUGUACAAAUCUGUUUAUGGUUGAUAUUUUCACAAUGUCCACAAUAAUGUUUGUAUGAUAUGCUGGCUCCCAUAUCUGUGUGCUGGAUCGAGCCCCCCAUAUAAGUACACAAACACUGUCACUGACUGAUAGAACAAAGACGAUAAAGCUCCGGACAGACAACUCAGGCGCGGGACCAGAUCUCCGGAGACGCGCAUGCGCCGGACCGAGGGUGUUAGUCGUCUUUUCCGGCUUCGUUUUUCACAGUGUGUUGCUACUGUCGUUAUUAUUUUGAAAUGCCAAGCAAGAACUGUGCGAUUCCAGGAUGCCCUGCUUGCAAAAGUCGACACAAAUGUUUAUCAUUUUUCCGCAUAAGAAGACUAGAUAAUAAAGACUGGGAAAAAGCUCUUGUGAGAGCUGUGAAUCGUUGUGAUUCUGGCUUCAACAUCGAAAGAGCGACCACUUGCUCCACACAUUAUAUUGUUAUAGUGAAGGUAAGUCAUCUUAUGAGAUAAAUAUAACCUUUUAUAUUUUAUAAUAAUUCGACUUUCCAGUGGUUCUAAGUAUUGCUGUGCCAGAUGAAAAGAUUUAAAGUUGUAAAAAUAAUCGAACUAUUAAUCACCUAGUAUUAGCAAUGUUUAACACUGCUGUUUGAAACUGCUGAGUGCUGGAUACGGUUUGCAAUAGAGUGUGUGUGUGUGUGAAGAGAAUAAAUAACCUAUUAUAAUAUUUAAUUUGUUAUAAUAUAACCAACUCAAGUUAAAACAAAAUUGAGAAGACAAUUAAAUGAUUGCAUUUUUGUAAGUACUAACAUUAACAUGAAUAGGAUGACUUAAAUUCAACCCAUAUUUAGCAAUAAAUCAUUUAAAAUGAAAUCAGAACACUUAGUGUUCCUUCUUCAAAAGCUCAAAUAACUCUUUGCUGGGGCUGGAUUAAACCAGCAAAUUAGUGUUAACUUCAUAACUUUUAUAUUUGGUUCAUUUGGCCUAACUUUAAUCAAAUGGGGUAGGUAAAGGGAAGCAAUAAACAGUGGGCUAAUUCUGUACACAAGAUAAUUAGCUUAUUAUGACAACUGGUCAAAACAUCAGGUACAGGUCUGUCUGCUUUACAUUUAAUCUAUUGAAAUAAGUUGCUACUUUUUAUCUGCCUAUAGAUCUCUACCUAUUUGUUCACUUUCAGAUAAAGGCAGUCGUCAUCACCUUAUCCCAGUAAGUCAACCCACAGAGUUAAUGCCAAAAAAGAUCAAUGAAGCACCUAAGCCAUAAGCUAGGAAGCCAUCAGUCAUGGGGUUGUUAUCCACAUGCACCCGACUUUCCAUCAUCUUGGCGGUGUGCGUGGGCGGCCUUGCCUACUUCCUGUACACCCCUGUACCCCCAGACGUUGACCAGCCGGGCAUCAUCCGCACCUUGUCAGCCAUGUUCAAACUAACCCGUGUCUUUAUCAGUGCAGCUCACAUGCUUGGUGUCCAAGAGAACAGCAUUCAGCUGCGUCGUAGAAUAGGUUCGUACAUGAGGACACCACCGCCACGGGACCGCCACCCCGAUAUGUUGGUCACAGAUCACGUGGUCGAUGGUGUAAAAGUGCGCAUGUACCGGCCUUUGAGUGCACCGAAGGUUUCUCCGGCUUUCCUCCACUUGCACGGAGGAGGCUUCUGUUUGGGAAGUGUCGAUUCCGAGGACACUGUUUCCAGAUACAUCGCUCGACAAGGCCAGAUAGUCGUGGUGUCGGUUGAGUACCGGCUCGCCCCCGAACACCCGUUUCCUGCUGCGUUGGACGACUGUGUGUCGGCGGCUGUUCACGUCCUGAAGAACGGCGCGGACUGGGGCAUCGAUGUCACCAAGGUGGGAGUAGGAGGCAUGAGCGCCGGGGGCAACCUGGCUGCCGCCACCGCACUGCGCCUCCUGGACGACCAGUACCGCCACUUGCCGCGUCUGCGGUACCAGGUACUCGCCGUUCCUGUCCUGCAGGGUCUGUUCCGGGACCUCCCCUCCUACUCGCAGUGCGAGCCUUUCGCUAAAGCUCUGAUCUCCCCCAACGAGAAGGCUACCUUCGUGCUGGCCUACGCCGGGCUGGACAUCUCGCCCUCCACAGUGCGCCAGGUGCUUGAGGGCAGACACGUGAGGCCAGCGACGAGGGCCCGGAUGGCCAAGUAUGUCAGUGGGGUACAAGUGAAGGCCAGCUCCCACAAGGAGCUAACAGGAGAAGAAGUGGAAGUGAACGAAAGUCUCGCGGACGCGUACGAACGAGUCUUCCUAAAUCCGCUGGCAUCUCCACUGUUUGCAGAAGAAGACCAACUGAAGCAGGUGCCGGCGGCCGUGGUGGUGAUGUCGCAGUACGACCCCCUGCGUGACGAAGCGUUGCUGUACGUGCGACGUCUACAACAUGCCGGCGUCCCCGUCACUCAUCAUCUCAUUCCCAACGGUCACCACAUCUCAUUACUCGUGCGAGACGAGGGACCCGGAUCUGAGGCUUGCAGACUCGCCUAUGAGACGAUCUUUCAGUUCAUGAAGGACAGCAUCUCCAAAUAAAACUGUUGCAGAUGACACAUACACAUGGCGAUGUGGCUCCAUAUUUACAUACAGCAGGGGCGCGGAACUUUUUUUUCUGGAAAGGCUAUUUUGAUAUUUAUUUUAUUUGCGGACCACCCACAUUUAUUAACUUCAAAAUUACCGUGCUAUAUUUGCUCAAACGUUUAUAUAACUGAUACCUAAAGUGAUAGCUGGAACGUUUUCUCUUGUACCACAUUGGCUGAUUUAAAAUGUGUUUUACUACUGUUAUGAUACAUUCAAUAAAGCUUUAUGUUUCUAUGAAAAA